CGCGGCCGUCCCCUCCCCCACCCCUCGCCGCGCACGCCGGGAACCCGUCUCCGCGGCUGCUUCGGCUGCGGCGGUCGGUAGUCGCGAUGGACUCUCCGUGGAAUGAGCUGACCCUUGCCUUUUCUCGCACUUCCAUGUUCCCCUUUUUUGACAUCGCCCACUACCUGGUGUCGGUGAUGGCGUUGAAGCAUCAGCCGGGAGCAGCAGAGCUGGCAUGGAAGAAUCCUCUGUCAAGCUGGUUUACUGCUAUGCUCCACUGCUUUGGUGGAGGAAUUUUAUCCUGUGUACUGCUUGCAGAGCCUCCACUUAGGUUUCUUGCAAACAGCACUAAUAUAUUACUGGCAUCUUCAAUCUGGUAUAUUGCAUUUUUUUGCCCAUGUGACCUAGUUUCCCAGGGAUAUUCAUUCCUACCUGUUCAACUGUUGGCUGCGGGAAUGAAGGAAGUGACCAGAACUUGGAAAAUAGUAGGUGGAGUCACACAUGCUAAUAGCUAUUACAAAAAUGGCUGGAUAGUCAUGAUAGCUAUUGGAUGGGCCCGAGGUGCAGGUGGUAGCAUUAUCACCAAUUUUGAGCAGUUGUUAAAAGGAUGUUGGAAACCAGAAGCAGAGGAAUGGCUGAAGAUGUCCUACACUGCCAAGGUAACCCUGCUGGGAUCAGUUAUCUUCACAUUCCAGCAAACCAAGCAUUUGGCAAUAUCAAGGCAUAAUCUUAUGUUCUUCUUUACUGUGUUUCUUGUGGCCACGAAGAUAACCAUGAUGAUUACAGAGACUGCUCUUAUGCCUUUUGCUUGUUUUGAAGAUACAUUGAGUCGGAUGCUGUUUGGCUGGCAGCAGCAGUUUUUACCCUGUGAAAAGAAAAGUGAAACAAAAGCAUCUUUCAAUGGUACUGGUUCAUCUACCUCAAAACCUGUAGCUAAUGCUUCAGAGAAAGUUAAAAAGAAACAUAGUAAGAAGACUGAGUAAAUUCACUUGAUGAGCUUUAGAAAGCAAAAAAUUUUCUUAUCUACCUGUCAGAUUGUGAUAAAUAUUUCUUGUAAAUGAUGUAAAUAAAGAUUAUAUAUAAGGAUUGGAGGUGACAAAAAGAAAGAACUUCUUUCUGUUUCAGGGAGACUGUCCCUUUCUGGAUUGUAAUUUUCUGAGUGUUAUGAGUAUAUCAUGUGAAAUUGUUUUUCUAAGUUACAUAUAAAAGAUUCUAUUGUGAUUUUUAAAAGUUUUAUAUGGAUAAAAGAAGACUGAAUUUUUAAAAAAUGUUAGAAAAAGUAAACCUACUGUCAUUGCAAAAUAACAAAAAUUAAAGUCUUAUUGUUUAAUCUAGAUAUUUUCAUAAAUUUUUAUUUGAAUCUAUUUGAGUUUUAGUUUAGCAAAAUUAAACUUUUACUUUCACAUUACCAUUAUAAUUCGUAGAUAUGAAAAACAGUUCUUGUUUAAUUUUGAGUACUGGGAAGAGUAAACUUUACCUAAAUCACUUUAUAUUAUGAAUGAAAAUAAAUUACUAGCUUAUAUCUCAGAAAUGAACAUUGUAUUUUUUGCCCACAUUAAAUGGAAAUAUCUGAAAUUUAAUUGUUUUCUACUAGCAUUUUUCAGUGAGAAUAGAAUAUUAUUAGUCAUAAUCUUAAGUGUGUUUCAUGCCCUUGUUUGUACUAUUUCUUUUUUCUCAAAAGAAAAUCAGGGGCAUAAUUUUUAAUAAGUUACUAAGUCCAUGUUUUGCUUUGUAAGUUUUGAGGAGCUUAUUUUUUUUCUCUCUCCUUAAAACACAUUAGUUUUAACUGUGGGAGAAAUUCUUCACAGCAUUUUGUAUAUUCUUAAGGAUUAUUUAAAUUUAAAAAAUUUACCUUAAUGUUUACUUUCUUAUGAGUACUUCUCAGUUUUCUAAUUGAAUGUCUCUUACUAGUUUUACAUAUGUUUGUUAUGUUUUAAUGUACAUGUACAUAUAUUACUAAUUUUAUUUUACAUUAAAACUAGUUACCCUUAUGUGUAAAUACUCAGCUCUAAUGAGAAUUGACCUCAGGCAUCUGACAGCAUCCAGCUAACUAAGAAGAAACAAACUAAAAUCUUGUAUGGUAGUAGUCUACUUGAGUAAAGAAUGAUGACGUUACAUUUUGUACCUAUUGGCAAAAAUAAUUACAAUAAUAAUAAGUAGAAAAGUUAUUAAAUAAUGUUAAACUUUAUUUUAUAGUUUAAAAGUCCAGUUAUAAUUUUAAAAACUUUGUGACUGACAUGAGUUCUUCUGCUAAGACCAUGAGCCUGCAUAGAGUUAGUAUGUAUCAAGCAUUUUAGGAUGACAUAGAAAUAUUCAAAUCAUACUCAAUUUGGAAGUCUUGGUUUUUAAAAUUUUUAAAAAUAUAUAUAUAAACACUAGCAGGUACUAUACUUGCUAAGAAAGUUUGUUUUGAGGGGGAGGACCUUUGAUAACUUUGGAAUGAUAAGAAGUUAAUUUUUUAAUAGUAAGUUAAUUUUUUAAUAUUCUGAAAAGUCAUUAAAUAUUUAAGGGUUCUGUAUUAUAUUUGAUACUUUUAUAGUUAACUUUUCAGAAUUAAAAUGUUGCUAAUUACUGGCUUAGUUUUGAAGUUUGGGUUUCACUGUAAUUGAAAUGGCAGGAAUCUUACACUUGUAUUAAAGAUAAACUUAUUGCAAUAAAUUAUUAUUUUUAUGUUUUUUUCUAUUUUUCUUGAUAUAGGAGUUUAUAGCUCCUGUGGCCUUUUGGUUGAUUUGAUAUAUAUCCAAAUAUUACUGUCUGCAUGAGAUAUACAGACUUUAUUAAUCUUUUCAAGUAUCCAUAACCUUUAAUUCAAGAUUUUUAAGAGCUCUACUGGAGGACAUGGCUUAGGCCUGAAACCUCCCACUAUUCAUGCUGCCUGCAGAGACUUGACUGGAUUUGCAAAGCAGAUUGUUACAUUCCUUACCCAACAUGUAAUAUGAAUGAAGCCUGUGGGCCUGCUUCACACAGACAGACAGGUAGCACUGAGAAAAUUAAGGUCUGGUAGGUUUUCUUAAAUAAGAGGAGACGAGAAACUGGCAAGAACACGGGCUGGCUUAACUCAGUGAUCUCACCCUCUAGUAAAAUAAGGCCAAAUUAAUAUCAAACUCUGAUUUAUCAGAUUAGUCACUCUUCCUUGAUGAGGGUGUAAUGGCUGGAGAGGGACUCCACAGAUAAGGUGGAGUGAAUGGACUUCAGGGAAAUUCCAGCUUUCCUGUAGGCAGAAAGCAAAAUAUGGAGAGAAGAGGAGAGACUUUCCCUCUUUGGUGUUUUUUUUUUUUUUGGUCUAUUCCUUUAAGGCGUACAUUAUUCUGUUAAAAUCUACCACAGAUCACAAGUUGAUCACAAAUGAGUGAUACAUUAGAGGUGGAAUAAUAUGUUCAAGAAUAUCAUCUCUCCCCCUACUGCUUUCUUGUUUACGUUUUACUGGUGGUGAGACAUGGAAUAAGCAAACAGAUAUGUUCCUGUGGUAAUACUAAAGGUUAUGAAUAUAUAUUAAGCAGGACCCAAGGACAGAAAGUGAGAGAGCUGGGGGUACUGGUUAAGUAGGAGUUAGAAAGGCCUUUCUGUUAAAAUUGUAUUUCACUGGAGAGGAAGUGGGGGAAUAAGUCAGGCAGACAUCUGUGUUAAGUGCAAGGUCAUUCUUCACUUAGUUGAGUUAGAUUAUGUAUUUUUCCCCAAAAUUAUUGAAUUUAUUUUUCUUAUUUAGUACAAUUGCACACUUGUUUUUAACAGACAUAUUUCUUUGAUAGAAUUUUUCUUGUUUUUACAGUUUGUUCUUUUUUAAGUUAAAAUUCACAUACAGUGAAAGCACAUAUUUAAAGAGUUGGCAAAUGCAUACAAUUGGUACAGUCUAAACUCCUAUCAUUACCAAUUCCUCAGGAAGUUUAUUUCUAGUUAAGCCCCGUCCCCACAACUGAAUAGAAAUAAAAUCAUGCAGUAUAUUCUCUUUGGCUUAAGACAUCUUUCAAACAGCAUAAUGUUUUUGAAACUCAUUAAUCUUGUUGCAUUUAUCAGUAGUUCAUUCCUCUUUAAUUAUUUAUAGCAUUGUACUAUAUGACUGUGUCACAGUUUGUUUAUCCUAUUGAUGCCCAUCAAGGCUGUUUCUAGUUUGGGAUGUUCUGAAUAAGCUACUGUGAACGUUUUUUUGUACAAAUCUUUUGGGGACCAUGUGUUUUUAUUUUUGUUGAACAAAUACCUUGGAGUAGAAUUAUGUUUUGUUAAAAAAAAAGGCAACUGCUAGACGUCUUUUCCAAAGUAGUUGUACCAUUUUACACUUCACAACAACGUAUGAGAGUUCCACAGUCUUACACAGGAUUAGUGUUGUCCAGCAUUUUAAUUUUGUUCAUUUCUAAUGAGUGGUUUAUAGGUUGUAUGGUUUUAAUUUUCAUUUCCUUAAUGAUUAAUGAGAUGUAGAACACUUUUUUGUGUGUACUUAUUGGCCGUUUGUAUAUCUUGCUCUGUAAAGUGUUUCUUUGGAUGUUUUUCCCAUAUUUUAUUGGAUUUAUCUUUUUAUUAUUAAGUUCUUCAUGUAUCUUGGAUAUCCAUUCUUUGUUAAGUAGGUGUUUGGUACAUAUUUUUGUGGGGGCUAUGGACUACCUAUAUAAUGAUGUCAUUUUUAUAAUGAUGUCAUUUAAUGGGCACACAUUUUAAAUUUCAAAAAACUAAUUUCCCAGAAUUCUGUUCUACAGUUAUUGUUUUCUAUGUCUUAGAAACUUUUGCCUACCUCUAAGUUACAAGUAUGGGCUUCCCAGGUGGCACUAGUGGUAAAGAUUCUGCCAGCCAAUACAGGAGAUGCAAGAAAUGCAGGUUCCAUCCCUGGGUCGGGAAGAUCCCCUGGAGUAGGAAAUGGCACCUCACUCCAGUAUUCUUGUCUAGAAAAUUCCCUGGCAGAGGAGCCUCACAGGCUACAGUCCAAGGGACUUCAAAGAGUUGGAUGCAACUGAACACACAAGUCAAAUACAUUUGCCCAUCUGAGGAUCCCCAGAUAAAGGAGUGCCUUGCUUUUAUUCUGAAAAGCACUUAAAAGAGGAAUGCUUUAUGCUAUUAUGUAAUGAUUCUAUUAUUUGGGCCUAAUUUUUGGUUCUUCUCAAAAAUCACUGUACGUGCUAUAUAUGCAGUCACUUUUUCUGUAGGAAUUUAUAGCGUGUAAAUUCCUAUAAUGUAUUCUUUAAAUACAUUAUAGGAAUUCAAGACUAUUUGUGUUGUGCUUAGUCGCUCAGUCAUGUCCAACUCUUUGCGACCCCAUGGACUGCAGCCUGUCAGGCUCCUUUGUCCGUGAGGAUUCUCUAGGCAAGAAUACUGAAGUGGGUUGCCAUGCCUACCUCGAGGGGAUCUUCCCAGCUCAGGGAUUGAACCCAGGUCUCCCGCAUUGCAGGCAGAUUCUUUACCAACUGAGCUACCAGGGUAUGUCUAUUUAGUUUGUUUGUAGGCUUGUCCUUGGUUUAUCACAACUUUGGUAUUUACAAGAGAUGGUGAAUAAGAAUCUGACAAUAAAAAUCCUCUAAACUCAGUCUGGGUAUGGGAUUAGUUGGGAAGUUAGUGAUCCAUAUUGAAAUGUACAAUCCAGAUGCGUCUAGUUUGAAAAUCAGCACAGCUUUGUUUACAUGGCUGUCUAUUAAUCCAUGACAAUACAAAGUUACAUGGCACUCUGAAUUGAAGUUGAAAACUGUCAUUUUUUUUUUUACUACAUUUAAUAAAGAGAAUUAAGAUUUAAUUGGGAUAAAAAUAAGCAGUUCAUAUGGUGGGAUUGUGGUUUGGUGUGGGGAGAAGAGGGGACUCUCCUGCUGUAUAAAGUAACUUAAGAUGUAUUUUCACCCCUAUAGAAUGUAUUAGUAAAGAGAAUAAAGUUGAUAAUGAA